AUCGCUUUCUCACUCCAUCGUCUUCCCAUCGAAGAUGUGAACAUGACAUUAUAUAAUGAAGAAAAACAUGAGUACUUCUUAAUAUAAAAUCAUAAUCAUUAAAAUCUGCCUAUAAAUACACCACCCACUCAUUUCGACCUCUGCAAGCACAUGGAAUCCUAAAAGCCUACAAAAGAUCUCAAAUCUCAAAGCCCAACCACCACGCCUCGCCAUGAUUUCCUCCUCCUUUCUCUCGGCCUUGUCGCGCUUUGAUCUCUUUCCAUCGCUUUCUCACUCCAUCGUCUUCACAUCGCUGUUCAUCGUCCUCAGCGUCGUCUUCUUCUUCUUCUUCUUCGGAUCGUCGCAGCUGCCGCCCUCAAAGAACCUCCCGAGAGUCUACCCUAUCUUCGGCUCCUACUUCUCAUUCUUCCCCAACAUCGAACGGCGGAUCGACUGGACCGCCGACCUGGUCCGGAACUCCCCCUCAGCGACCUAUGUCUUCCACCGCCCCCUCGGCAACCGCCAUGUCUUCACAGGCAAUCCCGCCAACGUCCAGCACAUCCUCAAGACCCACUUCGGCAACUACGAGAAGGGCGGGGUUUUCAAGAUUACCCUCCGCGACGUCCUCGGCGAUGGAAUCUUCAAUACAGACGGCGAGUCCUGGAAGUUCCAGAGGCAGGUCGCCAGCCACGAGUUCAAUACCCGAUCGCUGCGGAAGUUCAUCGAGACCGUCGUCGACACCGAGCUAAAAGAGCGGCUCAUGCCUCUCCUGGCUUCCGCAGCCAAGAGUGGGUCAGUGAUAGACAUGCAGGAUAUCCUCCAGAGGUUCGCCUUCGACAACAUAUGCAAGAUCGCGUUCGGGUACGAUGCCGAAAAUCUGUCGCCAUCGCUUCCUCAGCCGAAAGCGAAGUUCGCAGAAGCGUUUGAAGACGCAGUGAGAAUAAGCAGCGGGAGGUUUCAAGAGUUCUUCUCCGUGAUUUGGAGGAUCAAGCGUUUCUUCAACCUAGGAUCCGAGAAGCGUCUCCGGGUCGCGGUCUCCGAAAUCCGUGAGUUUGCGAAGAAAAUCGUGAGGGAAAAGAAGAGAGAGCUGAGCGAGAAGUCGCCGCCGGAGUCGGCCGCCGACGACCUUCUGUCGCGGUUCUUGAGCUCAGGCCUCGAUGAGAACUUCGUCACCGACAUCGUCAUCAGCUUCAUACUUGCCGGCCGGGACACCACAUCGGCCGCGCUGACGUGGUACUUCUGGCUGCUCCACAAGAACCCGGAGGUGGAGGCCAAAGUCCGAGGUGAGAUCAUGGAGAAGUCCGACGGACAUGUUGCGAGGUACAAUGAUGUGAAGGAGAUGGUGUACACGCACGCGUCGCUGUGUGAGAGCAUGCGGUUUUAUCCGCCGGUGCCGGUUGACACGAAGGAGGCUAUUAGCGACGACGUCUUGGAGGACGGCACGGUGGUGAAAAAGGGGAUGAGGGUGGCGUACCAUCCGUACGCGAUGGGGAGGCUGGAACAGCUAUGGGGAAAGGACUGGCCGGAGUUCAAGCCGGAGAGGUGGCUGAGGGCGGCGGAGGAUGGCAGCGAGAAGUGGGUGUUCGUCAAUAGGGACGCGUUCGAGUAUCCGGUGUUCCAGGCGGGGCCGAGGGUUUGUCUUGGGAAGGAAAUGGCGUUCCUGCAAAUGAAGAGAGUGGUGGCCGAGGUGCUGCGGCAGUUCAGGGUGGUGCCCGCGGCGGAGGAAGGGGAGGAGCCGGUGUUCACUGCGUACCUCAGCUCGAAGAUGAAGGGUGGGUUCCGGUGAGAAUUGAGGUGAGAAAGUAAAAGGAAAAGUCAAACUUUAGAAUCAUCCGCAGGUAUCCUCGGACUAAUAUAUGUUGCUCUCGCAAUGUGGCAUCGUCGUGGUAAUAAAUCUUGUUUUACAUGAUGAAUCUGUAAUGAUUUGACCCGUUCUACGUUGGUCAGACAUCCAAGGGAAUAGUCAAAAUAACCAUGCGAGAUUGUUAUCGUUUGAA